AUAUAUAUAUAUAUAUAUAUAUAUGCCGCGAAACGAAAAAUUCGGAAGAUCAUUAUUGCUGGUUGUCUUUGUCACGCGCCACUUGAAGUUCACGGUUAAUCACAUAAACCGUUAACGGCUGCUAGCCUUAGCUAGCGUUAGCAUGCUAGCUUUGAAAGGAAGAUAAGUGAUGUUCAGUGUUUUUGGUGAAGCACAGAAGGAAGCUAACGGAUGCAGAACAGACACACUCAGACAGUCCAGAGAAUUUAUUAAGCCAUGAUCAACACUGAAACUGCAAGAGAUUUCCAGGCUAAGGAACGCAAAUACAAAGAGCAACUGAGGAGAUGCUUAUCAUCGGCUUUGUCUGCAGAUCUCAACAGGUUGCUGCAGGAGGAACUAGAAGCAGAUGUUUCCCUGUAUGCAGGUUCGGGAUCAGUCCGAGCUCAUAGAGCCGUGCUGCUGGCCAGAGCUCCUAAUAUCCUACAUGGACAGACACAAAAAGACCCCAUCAUCAUCCAUCUGCCAGGUUUUGAUCUCCCUACACUAAAGGAUUUUCUCAGGCAAGUGUACACAGCAGAGCAGAGCAUGCGAAGAGCUGAAACAAAUUCCCAGGAUUCCCAGGGCCCAUUGGCAGAGAACAGUGUUGCAAACCAAACAGAUUCUCACAGUUCCACUGACUCAGGUGCUGUUGUGCUUGAACCAGCCUCAGGCCUCAGCGCCAACCUGCUCGAUCUGUACAAAAGUGGAGAACAGUGCGACAUCACCAUCCAGGUGGCUGAGCAGGUCUUCUCCUGCCACAGGGCGAUCCUGUGUGCACGAUCUCAGUACUUUCGUGCUAUGCUCAGUGGAAGUUGGAUGGAGAGCUCCAGACAGUGCAUCACUCUGCACGGCUUGGGGCCAGAUGAGAUGGAAAUCUUGCUUCAGUUCAUGUAUGGAGCCAUCAUGGAUUUGCCCAGUGGAGCCAACGCCAGUCAGGUGAUGUUGGCCGCAGACAUGUUGGGUUUGGAGGGACUUAAAGACUUAGUGGAGAUGAUUCUUACCCGAGACUACUGCCGCUUCUUUCCCAAGCAGGCAGUUGAUGGGGUUCAGAGAACAAUUCUUGAGUGCUUGUCCUUCACACACACCUUAGGCCUCCAAAACCUCCACAUGCUUUGUAGAAGGUGGGUCGCUGAACAUUUUGUGAAAGCCUGGUGUGAAAGGAACUUCUCCCUCCUGUCCCCUGAGCUUCAGCGAGCCUGUAUAACUGCUGUAACAGACACAAUGACCGUACGGAAUGCCGUGACAUUGCUCUGUGGCACCGAGCAGCUGAUUGGCAGCCUCCCGGAGGUGAAGUGGGCUCAGCAUGUGAGGUCCAUGGCCAUAGAGCUCCAGGACGAGAGCCUGCACUUCAUUGUCCAGAACCUCCCCAGGGUGAUCCACACUCAGGCCUUCCAGGACCUCCGCAAGAGGGAGGAGUUUACUAGAGAGCCGACAUUGUUGAAGAAGCUGUGCUUGGCUGUGAGGGAGGGUGUAACCGUGGACAACUGCUGUGACCUUUUCACUGCUGUCCACUCUCUUUGUGAAGAUAACUUUGACGGGGAUUUUCACCUGAAGCAUCAAAAACACCAGGAGCCGUUCAGGCAGGAGAUCGGCACACUACGCGGGCGGCUCUGGACCUUUCUGCUUCAGACCUCCUAUGCGGUUCGCCAUACGCAGGGAUGGGAGACACUUUCACCCAAAUACAAGGAGAGGAUACUAGCAGAGGCUAUUGAUAAAGGAGACAAUCGAAGACUGGGUAAAAAGCCAUUAUUCACCAGCUCACAGUCAAAGGCUGCAAAAUGCCCCACAUCCCAGCCUGAGAGUUCUCCGGUUCACAGGACAAACAGGGUGUCUCAAAACAGAAAUCCAGAUCUCCGUAGUGCUGCGUCAGCCAUGAAAUCCGAAGGUCUGAGUGCAGCUACCAAACCAGGAGAAAGCCAGAACUCUAAAGCCAAGCACAUGAAAAAACCCGGAGACAGGAAUGUAGCAACAAAGGCAAAGGCCGCAUCAGCUGGCACACCAGUUGUCAAUGGCACAGCAGCUGCUGGGGAAAAGCGAGAUGUGGCCAGUGCAAAUGGCCCGAGAAGCUCCCAUGGGCCUAAAGAGCAAGAAAAGAAGCCAAACCCAGGUGCAAGGCCUAAAUCCUCUUCCCCAAGCUGCACACCUACAACCCAGGGGGCAGUAUCAAAGAGCCAGAAGAGCUCUGCAGGAAAGACUGACAAGUCUGCUGGAGCUGUCACUACCCAAGCACAUCCUGGUGCUUCGUCCACAUCAGCCACUACCUCGCCAGAAAACUGUGCCAGCAGUCUGCACAAUGACAGCCACUCCAUUCCAGGUGCAAAGCCCAAACAACAGGCCAAAGGAGUUAACAAGUCCCCCCUGAUAAAACAACCUCAGAGAUCUGAGACAACAAAGACCAGCAGCCCAACCAAUAAAUCUAGAGUGAAAGAUGCAGCUACAACCAAGACUGGCCCAGCAGAGAAGUCUGCAGCAGCGACAAAACUAGACACCAAGGGAAAAGGCACGUCGGAGCAUCAUGUCUCCAAGCUUGGAACCUUUAUGAAAAAGCAAGCCUCUCCCAGGAAAGAAGAUGGCAAAGAAGGCCUGAAAUCUUCAGCCACCAAUAAAGCUACCAGUGAUACAAAAAGGAAGACCACAAAACCUGUUUCAGCGAAUGGAGUCUCGAUUAAGUCUAAUGCCAAAACAGCCCAACCCUCCUCAGCUACCAAGUCUGGAUUAAAGCCAAGAAGUGCCCCUGAAUCAUCAGCUGACAAAGUUUUACCAAAAAUCUCCAAAACAUCCACUGCUGCUCCCUCUAAAACAUCAGAAGAUAGAAACAUUAGGACGGUGAAUGGUCAAACAGACUAUAAAACUGAGCCAAGUCCAACUGAAGACUCCAGUGAUGCUGGGAAGCAUCAAGAUAUUGUGAAAUUUGUGUCUUCUGCGGCACAAAGUAAUCAUCCAACAGGGCAUGGUGGAGGGGAGUCCCUACCUUCAGAAGCAAGCUCUGAUCACAUUCUUCAGAAGGCUGAAACAGAGUCAGAAAUCCAAACAAGUCCCCAGGAUGAGACGAGUGUUACACCUACACCUAACAACGUCCAUCAUGUCCACUUUGCUGAGGCAGAUGCUUGUGAACAGAUGGACAAAAGUAAAAUGAAGCCAUUCCAAGCUGGUGCAAUCACUACUAACAUAAAUGGUGAACAAAAGCGUGAGGUUAGACCGCUGAAUUCCCCAAAAGACACCGAACGCCCAGCUGGAACCCCUUGCAACAUGGGAAGUACCGACACCCCCAUUGAGGACUCCUGGAGUGGAAUCAAUCAUCAAAUCAGCCCCGAAUCUGAGAGCGUCAGCACGCACACCACUUCUUCUGACGACAUCAAGCCCCGCUCUGAGGACUACGACGCAGGAGGAUCGCAAGAUGAUGACUGCUCCAACGACAGGGGAGUGUCCAAGUGCGGGACCAUGCGCUGUCCUGAUUUCUUGGGUCGCAGUAGCAGUGACACAAGCACCCCAGAAGAGUUAAAAAUGUAUGAAGGUGGGGCUGGCCUGAGGGUAGAGGUGCGUUUGCGUGGCAAAGAGGCUGAGACCACCAGCGAAGAGGAGGGAGUCAGACAACGUCCACGUUCUUGGUUGCAAAGAGAGGAGGUUCCAGCAGAGCAGAAGCACAUGGAGGUCGAUACCAAUGAGAGUGUAAAAAGUGUGGCCAACUAUUCUGAGGAUGAAGAAGAUGAUGAUGAGGAGGAUGAAGAUGAUCAGGAAACAGAAGAUGAGAGGUCAGAAGUUGAAGUGAUUCCAGGUAAUGAUUCACUGCCAACAACAGAACCCUCACCACUCUUUCAGGGCAUCGUUAACCUGGCUUUUGAUGAUGACUGUCCAGACCAGGAGAACGACCAGCCUGACUACCAGUCCACCUCCAACUUCCGCCGGUCAGUGCUGCUUUCUGUUGACGAGUGUGAGGAGCUGGGCUCAGAGGAAGGAGGCGUCCAAACUCCACCUCAGCGAACAGACGAAGCUUUGACACCCUGCGAUGUUUUCGAGUGUGACUCCACUACAUGUCCUUCAAGUAACAAACAGAACAAUCUGCCACUCCAUCCUGAAAUCACAACUUUGAAGCUAAAUAAAGACAAAGUAGAGGAUCAGGAAGAUAAGUCUGUAUUUUUCACAGAGAUUCAGGAAGCAACCCAAGAAGAGAGCAAUCAUAUCCUAUUGGAUAAAGUUCAGGACUCUGACACCAGAGAACUGCCUCCCCAGGAGCGCCCAUCCCACCUGGAUCUGCGGCACACUGAACAGUACAAUGGAGGGAUAAACAAGGGUCUCCCCAAUCCCUCAGAGAGCAAGAAAGCAGAUUUACAUCUAGACUUAAAUGAACCCCAGCUGACAGGGGGCUCUUCUGUGCAAGCUGCACAAUCUCCAGCAGGGGACAAUGGUCUUGACAGACUGGAUCAAACCUGCAAACAUGACCACCGACCAUCCAAAGUUCUCUCUCCCAUAUAUGAGAUGGAUGUGGGAGAAGUGUUUGAGCGCUGUUCGGAUAAGGACAGAGAUGUUAAACAACGGGUGGAAGAGGGAAAACAGAAAAGGGACACUGAGAAAGGCAGCAACUUUGCCGAGCGAGACUGGAGCUUGCUCAGGCAGCUCCUCUCGGAGCACGAGUCCAACCUGGGUGUGAUAAACCCGGUGCCCGAGGAGCUCAACUUGGCUCAGUACCUCAUCAAGCAGACGCUGUCCUUGUCCCGGGACUGCGUGGAUGUGCAGGCCUUUCUGUCACCAGAGAAGGAGACUUUCAAACGAUGGGCGGAGCUCAUCUCACCCAUGGAGGACUCCUCCACCAGCAUCACAGUGACCAGCUUCUCUCCAGAAGAUGCUGCAUCUCCACAGGGAGAGUGGACCAUCGUGGAGCUGGAAACACAUCACUGACUACACAGAGGAGAACCUGCUGGACAGUUGACCCCUCUUGUUUAAACUAAUAUGUUUACUGUAUCUUUAUUUAUUCUAUUUGUGAUGUCAUGUCUCCUGACAUAAUUUCCUGGACUGUGCAGACCUCUGGACCUUACAGCACUUUCAUUCGCAUUCCUCACCCUUAAAAGACUGUUGACACAAGCGGGCUGGUAUGCAUGCAGUUAUUUUUGUAGAUUGGACUGUUCAGUUGGUGUCUCUUUGAAAACUGUAAAAGACAAAGACUCAAAACAGAAAUCCUGUCUUUUUCUUUAAGACAUUUUCUUUCUUUGUAGUCUUAUUAUAUGGUUUACUGACAUUUCUUAAAGAAAAAAUAAUAUUAGCCAUUUGGCUCAUGUGAAGUGUAUAAUAAAGAUUUGUGUUUCUGGGGAAAACAAAUUAAA